UGCUCACACCAGCCAGCUCACAGCCAAAGAGCUCCUCUGUCCCUCUCCCAACUCGCCGCGCUCUAAACCAGAGCUUUCCCCUGAAAAAAGAGAAAAACUAAGUAUAUUUAGACCACCACUGAGACCUUACUCCAAGGGAAGUUAUUGCUCAAGUCUAAAAGACAGCGUGUGGGCUCUUAACCAAAAGAGAGGUGCGACAGAGACAGAGAGACGUUCAGUGGGGUUCACGCUCCUGCAGCAGCCAUGACUCAGAGCAACGGGGAGAACCCGCAGGGGACCCGGAGCGGCCUCCAUCGGAUCCGGGAUGGGAUCCAGUCCCGGUCUCUGCUGGCCAGGAAGAGAGUGGAGAACAUCAGAAAGGAUGAUGUGAAGGGGUUCUUCAUCAGAAAUGCCUUUGUGUUAUUAACUGUUGCAGCUGUCAUUAUUGGUAUAAUCCUGGGAUUCGGGCUGCGUCCUUAUAAAAUGACUUACCGCGAAGUCAAGUUCUUCUCAUUUCCUGGAGAGCUGCUGAUGAGAAUGCUUCAGAUGCUGGUGCUGCCCCUGCUGGUUUCCAGUCUCAUUUCUGGUAUGGCUGCUCUGGACAGCCGUGCUUCAGGUAAAAUGGGCAUGAGGGCGGUGGUCUACUACACCACCACCACUGUCAUUGCUGUGUUCAUCGGUAUCGUCAUGGUGCUCAUCAUCCACCCUGGAAAAGGAUCCAGGGAUGAGUUCACCAAGCCGCCGCAGAUGGAGCAGAUCAGCCCGGCUGAUUCCUUCCUGGAUCUUAUGAGGAACAUGUUUCCUCCAAACAUCGUGGAAGCUUGCACCAAACAGUUCAAGACAAAGUAUGCCAAGAGAGUGGUCCAUGUGACGAUGACGGUGAAUGACACUAUAUUCACACUCAACGGCAGCCAGGAGAUCAGCCGGGAGGAGAUGAUCCCGGUGCCGGGGUCGGUAAACGGAGUCAACGCCCUGGGCCUGGUGGUGUUCUCCAUCGGCUUCGGUCUGAUCAUCAGCAGCAUGAAGGAAAAGGGACAGCCCCUGAAGGACUUCUUCGACUGCCUCAACGAAGCCAUCAUGAGGCUGGUUGCCAUUAUCAUGUGGUAUGCCCCCAUCGGUAUCUUGUUCCUGAUCGCCGGUAAGAUCGUGGAAAUGGACGACAUUUCAAUCAUGGGUGGCCAGCUGGGGAUGUACACAGUGACGGUCAUCUGUGGACUAGCCAUCCACUCCAUCCUGGUCCUGCCAACGCUGUACUUCGUCAUCACCAGGAAAAACCCCUUAGUCUUCAUCGGAGGGCUGCUGCAGGCACUCAUCACUGCCCUGGGAACAUCCUCAAGCUCAGCCACUCUGCCCAUCACCUUCAAAUGCCUGGAGGAAAACAACAAAGUGGACAAGCGUGUGACCCGCUUCGUGCUCCCUGUCGGCGCCACAAUAAACAUGGACGGCACAGCUCUGUAUGAAGCCCUGGCUGCCAUCUUCAUCGCCCAGGUCAACGACUAUGACCUGAACUUUGGACAGAUUCUCACCAUCAGCAUCACCGCCACGGCAGCCAGUAUUGGAGCAGCUGGAAUCCCUCAGGCAGGUCUGGUUACUAUGGUGAUAGUGCUCACAUCGGUAGGCCUGCCCACCGAUGACAUCUCGCUCAUCAUUGCCGUUGAUUGGUUCCUGGACCGAUUGCGCACCACCACCAACGUCCUCGGAGAUUCAAUCGGCGCUGGCAUAGUGGAACACCUUUCUCGCCACGAGCUGCAGAGCAAGGACCCCGAGGUUGGCAACUCGGUGGUGGAGGAAGCCGACAAGAAGCCGUACAAGCUCAUCAGCCAGGAGAACGAGUACGAGAACGAGAGGCCGGCUGACAGCGAGACAAAGAUGUAGGGGCGAGCUUUUCGUCCCGGGCUACAUCUUUUCUUAUGAAACCACUCCCCUGCAUUGAACCUCAACUAAUCUCUUCUUGAUUUGCAAACCUUCCUCUCACAUGAUCGGAGGGGUUCAAAUUAAAUUCGAUGUACAGCUAGGAUAUAAUUCCGCCAAGUGAGCUCCACUGAUGUGGGGGGGAUCCUUCCAGUCACACUAUAGGAUCUGUACUAUGACGCUUCCUAAGAGUACCACACGUGUCAGCCAUGGGGUGACAGCUGGUUACUAUUAAACAUGAACUUCACUAGAGCCUUGUGGUCUGUGGCCUGCAUGUCAUAUCCAACUUCUCUCAGAAAUGUGAUGACUAAUCUCUCCCACUAGAGGUCAGUGUUGCUGUGAGUCUUAACACCACAGUGGAUCACAGCCCAUACUUGAACUUAAUAGAAACUUUGAUUCUGGCUUUACAGGUGCUUCUUUUUGGGUUGUGUGAGAAUUUAAGUGAUGGUUAUAAAAAUCGUUCUGUUAAGCAUGCACAUACACUGCAGUGAGUAGGCCAACAUCUUUAGGGGGAAAAGGGCUGUGUAUUUACAAACUUCUUUAUUGACACUCGUCAGUGGCUUUAUUUCUUAUACUUUGGAGUACAAACUUUACCUUGUGUCACAAAAUGUCCAAUCCAGAAAGUGCUAUUGGGCAAGUAACCAAAUCGUUAUUUUCGAUUUUUCUAACACAUAUUUCUCAACCAAAUUACUACAAUCAUUACAACUUAUGAACCAAAAUUACUUAACUUUGUCAAAUCGUGUGAAUUUGCUCGGCUGAGAAUUGAACCUGUCAUCAAAUCAGAAUUUUCAGCCAUUAAACUUCAACCAAAAAACCCCCACCAAAAAUAUGAUCCAAAUUUCAUAACUUUACAGACCCUCUAACGCGGACAGAGGACAAACAAUCAUUUAGCUGAACAUUCAAGUGUCACUAUGAAAUAUAAGCUUUUUAUUAAAUUUGAAAAUGGUAGUCAAUAGCUUGAAUGUAGAUUUUUCAAAUGUUGUUUGAUUAUAUGAAAGUCUUGACUAUUCUCAAUUCAGCUUCCCGUAGUCGUAGGUAUAACAAUCUAACCCUUAUCUUGAUUGAUUUAACAUGGAUUUCAUUUCUCCCCCCCCCCCUUUUUUUAGCUUGAAUUUAUAUGUGCUGUUUUGUAAUUGAUGUAAUUCAAAUGUCACAUUUAAAUAGACAUUAUAGGAGGAUGCUUCUGAAUAUACUGUACUUGUAUAGAGAAAUGUAGAUAAAAGUGUACAUUAAUUGUAGAUUUCAAUUGUAAAAGGUUACCCGAGGAUUGCACAUGUAAAGAUGCUGUAACCAUGUUCAUAUAAAACCUGAUGACCAAACUAACAAUACAGCUCUAGUUCCUUUUAUACAUUCACAACUGGAAGAUACAAAGGACCAAAUGUUUUCUUGUACACACACACGAGGAAAUUGAAUAGUUAUUUUGUUUACAAAUGCUGUUGUCUUCUCUUGAUAUGGCUGUUUCUCUCAUGACUUGACAUUGGAGUGCACACACACACACACACACACACAAGUGAAUUAUAGUUGUAGUUGUAUUUUGCAUGUAUUUUUUUUCAAUAAAAAACUGAAAUCA